GUCCUUAAUUGAUACAGACGGAGUGAACAUAACCUCAAGAACGAGAUCAACGGCUUCAUCAAUGCUGGAUUCAGCGGGCGGAAGGGGAUUGUGAUUUCUUUUGGAAUUAUGAAUGAUUUGGAGGACACACACUGCGAGGUUCGCAGAUCCGUGGACCUUCAGCUUUCCCCCCUCUCCUCAAAAACCUCCCUCGAGGAUGACGCGUCCCCCCACUCUCCCUCCCCCUCAUCCACCCUGGGUGGAUUUUUCCCAGACACCCACUACUGUUACAUCACCAAUUUUUCACGCCUGACCGUCUUCAACACUCGAACGGGCGCAAGCAUCUCCUCCUGGACAUUCCGCCAUCGAAUAUCCUCAGUCUGCCCCUUCCCCUCUCCCCCAGGUCACAUUCCCCUCCUCCUCGUGGGCCUCGACAAUGACGCACUUCGUCUGCGAGAAUCCCAAGGGCUCAUCUGCGUCUUCGACUGCACGAUAUCUCAAGUUCUGCGGGCGAUAAGAACUCCGUCAGGCGUCGAGCACCUCUGCAUCAUCACGGGGGGUGCGUCUUGGGAGGAUCCUGAUGAUAAACGGCUGGAUGUUCUCCCUGGAGCCUCGGGACUGGCCUGUGUGGCCCUGAGGAGCUUCGAUCACUUGAUUAUUGAUCUUCGUCGCAAUUCCUGGGAGGACUCGCGAGCUUGUCCCGUUUAUGCUGAAGCGAAUCCGGCAGAACUGGAGACCCAGGAACCCUCCACUACCCUUAGACAUCGGAAUCGCGAGCGCCAUGCUUUUCACAAUCUCAUGUCUACGAGAAUUGAAAGGUAUAUUUCCUUCAAACGUGAGGAUUUCGAGUCCUCCCCCCUGCAGGAUCCCCUCACAACAUUCCUCACCUGUUCACGAAAAAUCGGGUGUAUCGUCUCCGCAUGCCUUGGUCAUGUAGUCCUGUGGCAGCUCGAUGGAGUAGUCAGAUGGAUCAGUCCCCCCCUGGAAGACAACAUUCAGAUAAGUCAUCUGGCCGUUUUAGAACCGACUGACGAUCCCAGACCCUUUUGCUACCUCUGGGUAGCCCAUCAAGACGACACCCUGGUGUCCCCAGUCCUCAGAAUGUUUGCAAUGCUCUUCGAACGAAAGUACUUGUACAGAGGAUCCAAUCAGUACUUCAAUCUUGAGGGAGAGCCUUCGAUGAAACUGGAGCUCGAUCUGGAGGAUGGAGCCAGGGUGGUCAGUCUGUAUCCUAUCGCAAGGGACAGCAGCCUGGAAACGGAGUCGGGGACAAAAACUCCUGAGAACAGUCUCUUGUUCAUCAGUACAGAGGGGAGAACUUUUUUGUUCGAUCUGAAUCAGUGGUAUAAAGAGCAAAUGCCAAGAACUCUUGGAGACUCCACGAAUGCCGACACUAUUAUGGCGACCUACUCCACCAGGUCAGAGAGACAAUCGCCAGAGAAUUUUGUCGUUAGCUGCUGCCCCGUGCCAUUGACACUGCGAGAAUUCUCAGCACCUGGUCAGGGCUCCCCAGAGGAGUUUUUCUUUCCAAAUUCUUUGUCCUUGGAAUGGAUUGAGUUGACAACAGCUAGGAUAACAACGUGGGUAACGCGAGGCGUCCAAUCCCAGUUGCUGAGGGAGAUGAUCACGUCAGGACCAGUGAUAAUGCUGCAUCCAUCUGAGACAUUCCACAGAUGUGUCGCUGUUGGUCUUAUUCCCUUCAAUGGUGAUUCGUCGUUCAACAGUGAGCCUGAUUCACAGAGGGAUUCCUUGCUGAGCCUCUGUCUGGAGCAACGCUGGACGACCUUCCUCAUGAGGUGUGUCAGGGAGUGGAGUGAUGGAAGUGCCGCCUAUUUAUUCCCCUCGUUCGUAAGGUGGACUGUUCAGAGAGCUUCGACGAUCAAACUCACGGCUCACGGGCUCUGUAUUCCCCUGUUUGACCAUUCGGGGAGCAGUAUUGGAGAGGCUGAAGUCAAGACACUGAGGUCUUUCUCUCAGCAGAUGGAGUGUCUUUCCAAUGUUGUGGAAAAUCUCCCAGUUGCCACGCAGGAUCAGGACCUGCAGCAACGCGCUUUGAAGAGGAUUACGGUAUAUCUUCAGGUACUCCUGUGGUUUUUCGACGUGGGCUUGUUACCAGAAUCCCAGGACGUAGGCGAGGAGUCUCUACCCAUCUCCAUAGAUGUGAGAAUUCCCUAUCCAGCAGAGAAACUGAUUUCCAUCUAUCAGGAAAAACGAUCGAAGUAUCAGAAGGAGGGAGUAAAUAAAUCCGAAAAAGAGGAGGAUCUAUUCAUCGACGAACUGAUCAGUCGAGACUGCAGUGGAUUGAUUUCCCAAUGGGAACGAGAGGCUACACAGACCCUGUCUGACGGUAGAUAUCCUCCUCCAUCCCUCCAAUCUCUGUUAAGAAGCAUCUUGACGGACUGUUACCACCAAGACACCAACGAAAUGGAGAAUAAGCAUCAGAUAAUCAUCUAUCUGCUGAUGGACCUGGUGAUGCUGCUUCAGGGAUCGUGUCCCAGUGUCGAUCAAUUGGUAAAGUAUCCAGCUGCCUUCAAGCUCAGCCCAAGCUUGAUUAAGCUUACUCAGGCACUCUGGCUCCUCGAUCACGAGGAUUAUCACGGCUUCUUGGAGAUAAUGACCGGACAACUGGUGUGUGAUUCCGAUGUCAAGGACUGGCACCACAAAUUGGUGAUAAGAACGUUGAUCAGAAGCUGUCAGAAUAAACUAGCUCUGAUUUAUCUGAGAAUUAGAAAGCCUCCACUGUCUUCUCUCGAUGAACAGGGCACUGUAAUCAGUCUCUCAGUGGAGCACGGACUAGUCCAGUCAGCCUUUCAUCGAAGACCUCCCUCUCACUACAACCAUCUGCUGAAGAGAUUCUUCAAAGCGUGCAAAGACAAUAAUCGCCUCAAUGACAUCCUCCAUCUCGCUAUGGACUCAGAAGAGGAAGAGACUUUUAUUCAGUUCCUCGAGGAGGAAAAAUGCGAGGAGACGAGAUUGCUUUACUACCUCCAGAGGUCUAGGUAUAAUGAAGCUGGAGGUGUCAUCCUCGGGCAGAGAAAUUCAUCCAGGGCGACUUCAUCCUCCGCUGUUUUUAACGCUUACAAUGCAACUCUUCCGGCUGUCACCCGGAGAUUUACUUCACAAUUGGGGAGGAAGAAUACUCAGGUAGAGCCCGAGGGCAAUUAUCCCAGACCGUUGUCUCACAUCAAGAGUAGAUCGAGGAUUAGAGAGAUGCAUGAUGCUGUCAUCAGGAAGGCCAGGGAAACGUUCACCAGAGGCGAUAGACUCCAGAUUCCCUUUGUCACAGCUCCUUCGUUAUCUUUGAGAGCUCGUGAUGCUAGGAACGAAGGAAAUUGCGUCAUGUUUGCGGACAGGAAAUCGUAUGGAAAAAGAACCCACGAUCAGAUGAGGACUGAGGAGACUCAAGACAGCGGCGGUCCCAGAAAGAGGAGGAAGACUGAGGAGAAGAAUGACGACAGCAGACAGCUCAGUAUCAGCAUGGUAUUUGAUACACCAUUGAUCAAGAGGAAGAAUCAGAUGAGUGGUAGGGAUACUGCUACUGGGACUCCUCACUCAAUUCUCAAAAUGAGGAGGAUGAUACAGGAGUCUCUUUCACCGAAAACAUCGCCCACUGAGGAGGAGAGGGAGAAGAGGCCUAGGCAAAUUAGGUUCAGUAUCAAUCAACCGAGGCUUGAGGAUUCGUCUGUUGACGGAGAUAUCGAAGGUGCUGAAGGAGAUCAGCAACAGGAAGAAGAGGAACAGACAAAUCCGGACAAUUCAAAUCCAGAAGCCAGUGAUAGUCUGCAGAGUCCCGAAACCAGUGCUCAGAAUGUGGGACAGAGUACAAUUCUCUCAAACGAUUCAAACCUGUCGUUCCCACUCCCUGGACCCCGUCGUCGCCCCAGUCUUCGAAAAACUCUUGACGAAGAUCUUUUGAGGAAGUCGUUGAGACAGUCAAUGCUGAAUAGAGACUCAUCCCUGGACUCUGAUGGACUUUCCUUGGAUAAUUCGGUGUCUUCUGAUAUUGUCUCCAGUACUCUGUUGCAGCCAAACACUCCCAGGGCGUCUAAUCGCUUUGAUUCAGUCGUUUGUGCAUCGACUGUGCUGUCUCCUGGGUCUAGUUAUGAAUAUUCCCUGGAGGAUAUCAAGAAGAAUGGGACAACCUGUUCGAUAAACUCUGCCGAAUCGUCAAAGGAGUAUUCUUCUGGGCUCGAAGAGGGCGAGAGCGACGGUCUCGAUGACGUGGAGAGUAUCGUCGAGGAGGUUGUCACGACGACGUCGAUAACUACAACGACUGUUGUUCGAGAGGAGUUUUCUGUUGACAGGACUGAGUUGAACGACAAUACGGAUAAUGAAUCCAAUGUCGAAGGGGAUGAGAAGAGCUAUUACUCGAUGGAAAUUGAAGAGCGAAUUGUGAUGGCAGAAACAUCGCGAAGUGAUGUUGCCAUCUCAGCAGAUGUCCAUAAACAAACAGAAGAAGGAAAAUCUGAAGGGGAUCAGGAGGAUCCGGAGCAGUUACCAUCAGACGAUUACGACGAGGAACUCCUAGCACUGAAGUAUGAGGAUGAUGAUGAUAACGACGAUGUGUUCAAGAGUCUAUCGAAUUCGAUUGAAAUUAAUCGAGAUCCAACUCCAGAGGUCAGUGCUCCUGAAUGCACCAAGAAGACAGUGACGAGUCGUUUCAACGAAGAAUUCAACAUCACUGAUGACGAGUCGAGGAGUGUUGAUGAGAGUCUUUUCACGAGGAAACAAAUCCAGGAUGACAGAAGGGAUUCGGGACUGUUGAGGCCAGAGUCCGCGAAUAUUACUGAUGAUGAGAGUGAACCUGAGGAUGCUGGAGAGUCAAGGAGUGAUUGGAAGGAGAAUGAAGUCUACAAAAAUGAAAAUAACUCAUCUGUUGUUGUUAAAUCUUCCCCUGAAAACUCAAGAAUUCACGACAAAGUUCAUGAAGAAGUUGAUAAUGAAGAUUUUGCGGUUGAAUCCUCCGCUGGGUUAUCGGAAACCCCAGAGGUUUCACCAGAGAAACCGGAGGAGGAAUUUAUCGAAGAUUCGACACCUGUGAGAAUGACGAGAUCACGAAGAGGAUCAUCAGUGGCCCCAGAGACUUCUGAGGUUUCAAAAACUCCCAGGACACGUCGUGCAUCCUCGCUUGUUCAGGAUAUUCCAUCCCCCAAGACUUCAGCAGCAUCUCAGGAGUCUCCUGUGACUCCAGUAAAACGUAUAGGAAAACGAGCUACAUCGCUGGUUAAAGAAGUGUUGACGUCUACGUUGCUGGCUUCCCCGGCUCUUGGGGAUGUUCAGGAGGCGCCAGCGAGGAUAUUUAGGAGGAAAGAAUCUGAGCCUUCGAAGGAAACAACGACAGGAACUGUUGAAGAGAUUCCUGAGGAGUCUGAGCCUGUAAAGACAGGAAGGGGGAGACGAGCAGCUUCUGUUGUUAAAGAAGGAACUCCCAGGAUGAUUCGAGGAACAUCAACAGCACGUGAUGAUGAAACCCCAGUUCGGGAAGCUGUUGAAGAAGCUAGUGAAAAAGCUGAACCUGUGAAAAAGGGGAGAGCCAGACGAGGAGCUUCCGUUGUUAAAGAGGGAACUCCCAGGAUGACUCGCGGACCAUCAGUAGCAGAAGAAGAUGUGUCCCCACGUGGUGAGCGCCCUAGCGAAGUUAGUGAAGGUACUGAGUCUGUGAAAAAAGGAAAGGGACGACGGGGGCCUUCUGUUGUUAAAGAAGGAACUUCCAGGAUGACUCGAGCGACCUCAGUAGCACAGGAAGAUGAAUCCCCAAGUGGUGAGGCUACCGAAGAAGCUGGAAAGAAGAUGGAACCUGUAAAGGAAGGGAGAACAAAGCGAGGGGCUUCUGUUAUUAGGGAAGAAACCCCCAGGAGACUUCGAGGGGCAUCAGUGGCACGUGAUGAUAAAUCUCCGGCUGGUGAGACAGCUGAAGGAGCCGGAGAGGCUUCAGAGCCUGUGAAGAAAGGAAGAGGAAAACGAGGAGCUUCUGUUGUUAAGGACGGAAUUCCCCGGAUGACUCGAGGAGCAUCGAUAGCACAAGAAGAUGAGCCUCCCGGUGGUGAGGCUGCUGAAGAAUCUAGUGAAGAAGAUGGGAAUGUGAAAAAGGUGAGAGCUCGGCGAGGGGCUUCCGUUGUUAAGGAAGGUACUCCCCGGAUGACUCGAGGCUCAUCAGUAGCAAAAAAAGAUGACUCUCCAGGCGGUGCGGAUUCCAAAGAAGUUAGUGAAGCAGGGGAAUCCGCGAAGAAAGGCAGAGGAAAACGAGGUUCAUCUAUUGCUAAAGACGCAGAUGAAUCAUCAUUACCCCCCAGACGAACGCGAGCUGCAUCAGUUACUGAGGAAGACCCAAAACGGCCGAAACGAGAGAGAACAACUUCGUCUUCCUCACAAGCGAACGAGGAAAUUGCUGAAAAGACAAGAAAAACUCGUGCUGCAUCAUCUUCUGACCAGAAAGACGCUGAAAGAAUAAAAACGAAGCGCGGGAGAGCUGCAUCAACGUCGGAUGUGAAUGAAGAAGCAGUGGACAGACCCAGGAGGCUUCGUGCGGGAUCGGUGGCAUCAGAAGUUUCAGAGGAGGCUGCAAAGAAGAGGAACACGAGAAGUGCUUCAGUGGUCAAAGACCUGGACGAGGGAAAGAAGAGAUCCAAGAGAACAGCAUCAACUUCUUCGGGUGGUGAGGACGAUCUCAAGGAGGAGGAGGAGCCGAAGAGAACGCGACGAGGAGCUUCACUUGUGGAGGAGGUGGAGGGCAAGAGGAAACGUGGGGGAUCAGUCACGAAGGAUUCUCAUGGUGUCGACGCGUCGAUUUCCACCAGAAGAGCUACACGAGGGGCUUCAGUCAACAAGGACGAGGAAGAGGAGAAAAUUCCCACUCGUUCCACUCGGCGAAGAGGAUCUGUGCCGAAGGAGCUUCCCAGCGAACCUCUGCGGACUAGGCGAGGCGGCAGCAUUAUUAGGGAUGUGAUUCCAGAGGAGAAUAGUGAUGAGUCAGUUAAUGAGAGUGUUGGAGGGGCAAAGAAGGGGAGAGGGAGGAUUGAAGCGAUUCCUGAGGAGGAGGCGGAAGAGGAAAGGGGGACUAGUAGGACGAGGGGAAGAACGAGGAGAGCGAUGAGUGUCGAUUUAUCGCAGGAACACAUCAUUAGAGGAAAAGCGGGUAGGAGGAGGGCUGCUUCCGAGACGAAGGACCUGGAGGAGGAAUCUCUCGUGGAGAGACCGAGGAGGGCCAGGAGAGGAAAGGAAGAGGAGUUUCGGUUUGCUGAUCCUGAGGAGCCGAGAGGGGGACAGGGAACGGUGGAAGUUUUAGAUGAAUUCUCAAAUUUCGUCUUCUCCCCACCGGUUGUCCGAUCCAGGGAAAAUAUUCAGGAUCGUAGGGAAAUAGUCAAUUUUAUUCCUCCGCUGACGGAGGAAGAGAAGAAAAAUGCUCCAGUGAAAUCGAGAAUGAGUAGGAAUGAGGAUGCCAAGCAGAUCAGCAGACUGUCACACGUGCCUGGUUAUCGUACCAAAUUUGUACUACCAAAAUGGUCCCACGGUACGCCCAAGUAAAUAAAUUAAAUUCCCAGAUAAAAUGUUAAAAAUGUUUCCAUGAAACUGUUGGUGCUGACAACAUUAAAAAACUGGUAAACAAAUUUUUCGUUUAUUCUAUCAUUGUAAUCACAAGUGCAUUAUUGCAAGGGGGAUAAAAUUCUCUACGUUCCGACUGAAAGACUAGUUAGGAAAACAAUUAUACCGAUGGGUCAUUCUAGCAAUCUGAUAAUUAUUUUUCCUCGACGAUUGCUGGGCAAAAUGGCUCCUGCACUUGAAAUCAUUCUUAAAAAAUGUAAAAAUGUGGAAAUAUCUUUUCUUCAUUUCAUCUGCACUUCAAAGGUAAUUUGUUUUUUUUUUUUUCUUUAUUAAUUAAUGAUAUCGUUACCGUUUAAUUAGUCAUUCAGUUUCUCAUUAGAUUGUCAUUGUGUUUGAAAUGUGAAAGGUUUUUUUUUCUCAAGAUUUAUUUAAUUUUCAUUUCCGUGGGAAAAGUGAAAAUUUCAACAAUUUUUUUUAAUGAUUCAAGCGUGUGUUUUGUUCUGUUUUUCUUUUUCGUUUAUUAUUCGAAAAAAGUAAAAUCUUGUAACAUACAGUUGUAAAUAAUUUAUUGAUAUGCUCAUGUAUAGCUACGAUAAUGCAAUAAAAAUAUAAAAAAAUUA